AUGUCUCAUUUCUUCUUUAAUUUGCAGACUGGAAACUGUCCAACACUGGAAAGAUCUACUUUUGAUACGAGUAAAUGCCUGUGGGGAAUCUAUGAGGACCUGAAUGCCUACAGGGCAGAGCUGAAGAGCUUCAAUGAUCAAAAGGUGAUGGAAACCAUUGAUGAAAUGAUGAAAGUAAGUGUUUCUGUCUGUCUCCUUCCUUUCUGCUAUUUCAGUCUUAAACCAGAGUUUGCUCCAUUCUACAGUCAGUCAAAUAUUUUUAACACCCCUACCUCUUCCCAGGCCCUGAAGGGCAGCAGCAGGAGCAUGCCGCAGCCGGCGGCAGGCGCGGGGCUGGCCUCCUUCAAGGAGCGGAUGAAGCUCUGCAGCAUCCUUCACGCCUUCCGGAUCCGCGCCUUCACCAUCACCAGGACGAUGAACUACCUGACCUCCCUGGAGAGCUUGCUGUGAGCGCCCAGCACUCCGCGUGUCGGGGGACCUGAGGGUGCCUUGGAGAAAAAACAGUGUCAAUACCCUGCGAGGUGUUGGGGGCUUUUAAAGAAUCUAGCACAUAAUAUUUCACAGCAUUUCUUAUAAAUCAUGUUUUAGCAAGCUCUUAUAAGUGCCUUUUAAGCUAUCAUAUUAAACUUCUAGAUUUCUAGAAAAUAAGCUACACUGUAGUACCAAAAUGUUCUUAAACCAUCACUCAACAGUAAUUUGUCUUAACUGUUCUAUUUAUUUAGCUGUAAUUUUUAGAAAUUGAAACAUGCUUAUAGAAAUCUAUUUAUGAUUAUAUUCCUUAUUUAUUCUAUUUAUUACCUAUUAAAACUAUAGUUUGCAUAAAAAUGGUGGUGUCUUUUCUUUUUUUCUUCCUUGAGCUAUAACAUGAAUACUUCUAAAAUAUUUUGAAUAUUGCUGGCAUGUAAAGGUAUACCUUGGUAACUUUUAGCACUGGUAUCAUAUUUUAAAAUCCUAUUUCUGUCUUCUUACUUACAUCAGUUUCUCAUGGGUUUUCCCUCAGACUGGGCACCCAAAGCAACCCGUGGGCUUUCAUCCUCAUUUACUGUGAUUUUCCAGCCGGUUACAUGGGAGGAGCCCUGGCCCCACCAAAAAUCAAUGGCUAAAUUGCUUGUUUCAGGGAGGCAAGGAUUUAUCCAUGGAGGCCAGGAGGGAUGCAGGAGGAUGACCUUCCCCCAUUCCUGCCCACGGUACAUGAGCCAGCCCAGGUGAAGUCCCCCCUCCAGCAGCCAAGCAGCAGCUUUGGCCACGUCCCAGCCAGCUCCCACGCUGCCUCUGCUGCCCCUCAUCUCUUGGUUUUCAGCUCUUUCCCCUUGCUUGGUUUCUCCAAGCUCUGCCCUCCCAACUCCUUGGGGACCCCCAAGCAGCACCCUUUGAUGCUGAAGGAUUGGUGGGAUCCUCAGUUCUUCUAGAUGCUGAGGGGGCCACUGCCACCCUCCAUCCCCUCCCCUCUUCCCCAAGCACUGGCAUUACCCACCCACCACAUCAGCCCUUAAAAUGCAA